AUGUGCUCCGGGCUCCAGGCCCUGCUGCUGCCAAUCUGGCUUGCCUGGACCCUGGGGACCCGAGGAUCUGAGCCCAGAAGCGUGAACGACCCCGGGAACAUGUCCUUUGUGAAGGAGACGGUAGACAAGCUGUUGAAAGGCUACGACAUUCGCCUGAGACCCGACUUCGGGGGUCCCCCAGUCUGCGUGGGGAUGAACAUCGACAUCGCCAGCAUCGACAUGGUUUCUGAAGUCAACAUGGAUUAUACCUUAACUAUGUAUUUCCAACAAUAUUGGAGAGAUAAAAGACUCGCCUAUUCUGGGAUCCCUCUCAACCUCACACUUGACAAUCGAGUGGCUGACCAGCUCUGGGUGCCCGACACAUAUUUCUUAAAUGACAAAAAGUCAUUUGUGCACGGAGUGACAGUGAAAAACCGCAUGAUCCGCCUCCACCCUGAUGGGACAGUGCUGUAUGGGCUCAGGAUCACCACAACAGCAGCGUGCAUGAUGGACCUCAGAAGAUACCCUCUGGAUGAGCAAAACUGCACCUUGGAAAUUGAAAGCUAUGGAUACACCACGGAUGACAUCGAAUUUUACUGGCGUGGCGGGGACAAGGCUGUCACUGGUGUGGAAAGGAUCGAGCUCCCACAGUUCUCCAUUGUGGAGCACCGUCUGGUCUCCAGGAAUGUUGUCUUCGCCACAGGUGCCUAUCCUCGGCUCUCAUUGAGUUUUCGGUUGAAGAGAAACAUCGGUUACUUCAUUCUUCAGACGUAUAUGCCCUCAAUACUGAUCACAAUCCUCUCGUGGGUGUCCUUCUGGAUCAAUUAUGAUGCAUCUGCUGCUCGAGUUGCCCUUGGGAUUACCACCGUGCUCACCAUGACAACCAUCAACACUCACCUUCGGGAGACUCUACCCAAAAUCCCCUAUGUCAAAGCCAUCGACAUGUACCUGAUGGGAUGCUUUGUCUUUGUAUUCCUGGCACUUCUGGAGUAUGCCUUUGUCAACUACAUUUUCUUUGGGAGAGGUCCCCAAAGGCAGAAGAAGCUUGCGGAGAGGACGGCCAAGGCCAAGAAUGAUCGUUCUAAGAGUGAAAUCAACCGGGUGGAUGCUCACGGGAAUAUCCUUUUAGCGCCAAUGGAUGUUCACAAUGAUAUGAAUGAGGUUGCAGGCAGCGUUGGUGACACCAGGAAUUCAGCAAUAUCCUUUGACAACUCAGGAAUCCAGUAUAGGAAACAGAGCAUGCCCAAGGAAGGGCAUGGGCGGUACAUGGGAGACAGAAGCAUCCCGCACAAGAAGACCCACCUACGGAGGAGGUCUUCGCAGCUCAAAAUCAAGAUCCCUGAUCUAACCGAUGUGAAUGCCAUAGACAGAUGGUCCCGGAUCGUGUUUCCAUUCACCUUUUCUCUCUUCAACUUAGUUUACUGGCUGUACUAUGUUAACUGAGUGACUG